AUGGCUUUGAUGGCUGAAAAAUCUAUCAAAACAUUAAAUGGAAAGGAGAGAGUUGCUGAGGUUAUCCGAGAUUUAUCAGCUGGAAGCCAAGGCUCGACUAAACCUGACGCAGGCUGGUUUGAUCUGUUUAGUACCCGCUAUUGGAAAGUUGUUAGCGUUGGUGCAACACUUUUCUUGUUUCAACAGUUGGCUGGGAUCAAUGCUGUUGUAUACUAUUCAACUUCUGUAUUCCGUAGUGUGGGGAUUGCCUCUGAUGUUGCAGCAAGUGCUCUUGUUGGAGCCGCAAAUGUCUUUGGCACAGCUGUUGCAUCAUCCUUGAUGGAUAGACAAGGAAGAAAGAGUCCUCUAAUCACAAGCUUUGGUGGAAUGGCUGCCUCUAUGAUGCUGCUUUCUCUGUCCUUUACUUGGAAGGUUCUGGCACCAUAUUCUGGCCCCCUUGCUGUUCUUGGGACUGUUCUGCAAGUUUUUACUUUUCAUGGCAGCCUUUGA